GGGUGUGCCACCGCCAAGUUGUUUUGGACUGGUCCAGCUGUCGACGCGAGGUCGAGUCAGUUCCGUCCACUCUGCCAUUGUAAACCUCGGUGCACUGCAGAAUAACACGUAAAGUCGCAACCACGUCAACUGGACUUAACACUGUUGGCUUGGGGCCAGGACAGACACUGAGCAAAGAAAACAGUGCAGGAGGAAGUGAAGAAUACAAAACGCGUUCCGAGUAUUUCCUACAUUUUCCAGUUGAACGUUACCUUCAGCAUGUUUACCCAUUGGCUCGACGUUUUUCAACUGUGUCAGGAAACCAUGUUGCUGAGCUCUGGACUAUCAACAGUAGUGGUGCCGACAUUCGUUCAAUUCCCUUGUCGUUCGUGUAGAGGAACACUAGAAUGUCGCUGCGGUAGGGGAUGUACGUAAAUAUUGUUAGAGACUAUUGUGUUACAAUCUAGAGCAUUCAAAGCCUGCGGUCACGGAAAGGUAGAACACUGAUAGCACGUUGUCAUCGGGUAUAGGCCAGAUCUAUGCUUCAGUGGUAUUCAGCUUCACCGAAUAAGCCCGAAAAGGUUUUGGUCAACUUCGUGGAUUGAAAAGAUUCGGCAGGGAAUACAGACUUUCUUUCAGCGUGUGCUCUCUUGUAUCGUAAACUGGUUUCUAUCAGUGAAACGUGGAGUGUUACUGUGAGGGAGGCGCAGACACUUCAGCAUGUUCGCGGCGAGUUGUACACGCGCGCUGCGGUGCCGAGGCCGGGGCAAGCUGCGGCAGACCUCCGCCAUGUGCGUGCUCGCCGCCGUGUCCUGGGCCGCCUUCUACGUCUUCCUGACCAGGAGAAUAUUCGUGGAGGACAAGGACGUGAACAGAGCAGCGGCGGCGGUGGAGCUACCGGCCGUGCCACCCCAGGCUGUCGGAUGGACGGGUCGCCUAGCUGUAGACAGAAACCACAAGGAGAUAAUAAUACCUGGUGAAGGCAGGUGUGAAGAGCAGACCAAAAUCGUCUUCAUCAGCGUACACAUGGCCAAGGGCGACGUCGUCACCAAUAUACUACAGCGUUUUGGUGACCUGAGGAACCUGACGUUUGUGUUACCUAAGGAGGAAGGUGAUGAGAACACGGGAUGGCCACAGUGUUUCCAGACUAACCACAUGCUGCCGUCACGGACAGGGAGGUCAGUAGCCUGGGCCCGCUUUAGACUGGUGACGGUAUACCGUUGCUAGACGAUUAGCCGCAGGGAAACAUUGUCCACGGGCCGGUACAGGCCCCCCAGUCCUACUAAACAUAGGCUUUUCCUGACAUGCUAGAUCUUUCCAGCCAACCUUUCUAAUCAUUGCCGCUCUGUACUACGUGUAAUUGAAGCCGACCUCGUAAUAAACGGCUUGCAUCUAA